AUGGGCGAGGCAAGCGCGGCGGUAGUGCUCGCAACGUCUCCGCCGGCAGCUACAGCUGUCCCGAGUGCGUCCCCCGCGUCCACAAGCCGCAGUGGCCGUAACUUGCGUCAGAAAAUGGUGGACGAGCUCAAGAACGUUAAGUUGCGCAAAAGUCCGGCAGGAAAGGACAAGAACUCGACGCGUGGGACACCGCCACCGCUUGAGCUCAAUGAGGACGUGGAUGACGAAGAGGACGACGUGGUGCAGGACCCCCAGGCUGCUGGCAAAGCCAAGGGCUGCAGCAUCUGCGAGCGCUCGUUCACGGUGUUUCGAGCCAAACACACGUGCAAAAUCUGCGCGCAGAAGAUCUGCGACGACUGCAGUAAGAACCGAAUGAAGCUUAACCGUAGACUGGAGCGCAAGAAAGGCUCGAGACUGUGCGACCCUUGCGCCAGGAGCUACAUCCACGCCGACAACGGCAGCGGUGAGGAUACGUUCCCGGACUCGUCUCCGACGCUCAUGUCGAUCCACAGCGAGGACACGAUGACGCACAAACAGGGGGACUCGAACGGGUUGUCGCGUCGUCACUCCGUGCCGGCCAAGACGCUGUCGUCACUCAUCCGUAACAAGGAUAAGACGUCAGUGUCGAACGUCUCUACCGCCAUACAGGUUAACAAUGCAGGAUCCUCCAAGAUGCAGGCUACGACUCGUACACAGGUUAAGCGUAUCGUGCAUUUGUCGCAUCUCCGCACGCGUCAUUGGAUGUCACUCUUGGCUAUCGCCGUGCUGGUUACUUUGCGUGUAAUCUACUACAACCGGAGGAUUGGCGUCGAAGGAAGUGCUGUACCUUCAGACACUGCUUCACCUUCAUCAUUUGUGGAGCGUGCACUCGACAACUUGCUCUCUAUGCGUACGUUGGGUACGUACUUACUGGGUCUGGUACUCUUUGACGAGUUAUCACGUCCGAAAGGAAGUAAGAUACAGGUUAAGAGACAGCAUAAGAAGCGUCGUCGACGUCGCAGCAGCGGUCAACAGCGAGAGCGCACGAAGUCGUCUCUGUCGGACACCAGUGUGGCCAGUAAGCGCCACGCUGUCGACUCCUCCGCUCCGCCGUCGCCUCAGACGUCUCAGGACGACGAUCUGGAGGUGACUUUGAUCGAACAGAACCAUGAGGAGGAAGGAUUUACACUGGAUAAGCUGGUUGGAGCACUGGACGAAGGUGCCAGAGCUCGCGCUCCUGACGGCAACUUGGGUCUCGGUUGCUUUAUGGCUACAUGCAACGUCAUCUGCGGGUUUCUGGGCGUAUUCGGCCGAGCCACAUCGUUCGCUGGCAGCACGGUAGGUGCCUACUUCACGUCCAUUGAACACAACCUGGAAGCGUGGCCCGUUCCGAGCUCAUCGAACACGUGGAAGGAACAAAGUGUCCGGUCUGUGAUCGAACACGAAGUCGUCCUUGGAGUGGCCGAUGUGGGUGGGAAAAAGAAGCCCUCGUGCUCGCGCUGUCUGCUGCGCUUGCUGUGGUUCGUUCAGUUCGUGGAAGCUUGCGUGCGUCUCACGUUGAUCGAAUCUACUGAGGACAAUUGCUACAAUGGCGCCAGUAAAGCGUACGAGGAAACGCUUGGCAAACGCCACCCGUGGCUUGUGCGUAAGGGUGUCAACACGGCACUUGGAUCGAUCCCCACGCGUAGCCACAUUUUGAACGAACUUCACACGGGCGACGGCGACGUGAUGGAACUGUUGACUAAGGCGCAUGCCCAACUGGUGAUCGUCAUUACUGAGCUCAAGGCCGUCUUCGAAGAGCACGCGCUCACAGAUCUCAAAUAAACUACUAACGUUAGAUACAUGUCAUGAAUUAGCUGCAUCCGUUCAAAGAAUACUUAGUACUUACAAAAUACACAAAAGAUGAGCUAGCG